GAGUGGAGUUCAUAAAAAGAAGUGGGUCUCACAAUUUUCAUGGUAGGAGAUGGUUUUCCUUACAGGGAUGAACUCUGGUCAACAGUUUUAUGCGACAGCAAAUCAGAUGGCACCCACAAUACUUUUAACCAUAUCUAGGCCAUUAAACCCUUUCCACGGCGCACCCCGGGUUUUAACCUCGAUAUAUCUUGUGCUCGCUGCCUUUUUAUAUACCAUAUUAUUUCUUCAGAGCAGGGGGUUUGAAUUGGGGAUACAGGGUAGCUGACUGGAAUUGGAUUCAGAAGCACAAUAACCUCAGUUUCAGUCAUACAAUUAUGGGUAUUGUAAUGUAUGCAAGGAAUUGGUGGGUUGUAAGGAGGCAGGACAUGGCCAUGGCUUCCUUGCCUUCUCUACUCAAUCCACCCAAUUACAGUGCUCAGUUCACAAGAAAGCAAUGCUCACAAGAUGGAAUGAAAGCAGGCGCUAAGACAGUUGCAAUUGCUUGUAUUGCAUCUGCAAUCUCUGUGUUGAUAGGAUUGCGAGCUAUUCCUUGGGCGAGGGUGAAUCUCAACUAUGCUACUCAGGCACAUAUAAUUUCCUUAGCUACUGGAGCAGCAUAUUUCACUAUUGCAGACAGAACCAUUUUGGCUUCUGCAGGGAAAAGGUCCUUUGAAAAAUUGGCUAAUCAUAUGAAACCAUUCUUGUAAAUCAUAAGAACAUUUACAUUUAUGUAUGUAUAAGUUAUGCUUAAUGCUUUCAAUAUAGAAGUAGACGUUUUCGAUUAUUGAAAAAGUCCAGUACCGAUGGGAAGAUUUUACUAGUGAUAAGGUGUCUUUCAGUUUCAAAUAAAUUUAAUGGA